AUGUACGCAAUGACGCUUGGUCGAAAAUUCUCGUCAUUUUGGUUUUCAAUGUGGAGGUGCAAGGAGUGCCCUGAGACUGUUAUCUACGAGAAACCCAACAUUGAAACAAGACUACUCUGCAUCCUAAAGGCUUUGUGCGUGUACUUGAAUGAAGACCCCGAGGACCUGGUUAAGACCUACAUGGAUGCCGAUGUUGGAGCAGAGAAGGAGUUUGAGAAAGUAGUGCUGGGUGUCUACAUCGUGGAACAUCAACAUGCCGAUGCAUCAGACUCAUUGGAGGACUUUGGAAUAAUCAUCGAUGGCAUUGCAAUGGAUGGACCUAGACACACAGACGGACAGGUACACAGAGUGGAGACAGAGGGCCAGGGACACAGACUGAUGGAGACGGACGGACAGGAACACAGACUGAUGGAGACGGACAGACAGGGACACAGACUGAUGGAGACAGACUGA